CUCCUAAAGCAAAAUCAAAAGCAAGAGGCUGUACAGAGAGACAGGAUGCUGUUCUACUCUGAGGUAGCUCUCCUGACGUGUCUGUUAGAGCAUUUCUAACAAUUUGAACAGCAUAGUCAAAGAUUUUUUCUGACAGAACUCUCCUUUCCAGUACCUGCUGUGCUGCCUUACUUCCCCUUCUCUUCCUUCCCUCUUCUUAUCUGUUGGUGGGGAUUUUGUAGGGUUGGGAGAGGGAGGCGGGAGACGUACAUCAUUCCUGGAAGAGAGGAGAGAAACACCCAAGAUGACUUCAGUCCCCACAGCCAGGUGGAACAUGAGCAUGAGCAGCAGGUGGAACGUGAGCCUUGCUCAAGCAGGCGAUCUUUGGGGACAGGCUCUGGAAGCACCAGCUGCAAAUGCUUCUGCCCCUGUAGCCUCCUCAGCAGCCAACUUCUCCAAUCAGUUCGUGCAACCUUCUUGGCGCAUCGCCCUGUGGUCUCUGGCUUACGGUGGUGUGGUGGCAGUGGCCGUUUUUGGGAAUCUUAUUGUCAUCUGGAUUAUCCUGGCUCACAAGCGCAUGAGGACAGUGACAAAUUACUUCCUGGUGAAUCUGGCCUUCUCUGAUGCCUCCAUGGCUGCUUUCAAUACUCUCAUCAACUUCAUCUAUGCGCUGCACAGCGAGUGGUACUUUGGAGAGGCUUACUGCCGCUUCCACAACUUCUUCCCAAUCACAGCUGUCUUUGCCAGCAUCUACUCCAUGACAGCCAUCGCCGUGGACAGAUAUAUGGCCAUUAUUGAUCCCUUGAAACCUAGGCUCUCUGCAACUGCUACCAAGGCGGUCAUUGGGAGCAUAUGGAUUUUGGCAUUCCUGUUGGCUUUUCCCCAGUGCCUAUACUCCAUAACCAAGGUGAUGCCUGGGAGAACUCUUUGCUAUGUAGCAUGGCCAGGUGGUCCAAAACAGCAUUUUACAUAUCACGUUAUCGUGAUUGUGCUGGUCUACUGCUUCCCACUGCUUGUCAUGGGCAUCACUUAUUCCAUGGUGGGAAUUACCCUCUGGGGAGGAGAAAUACCAGGUGACACAUCCAACAAAUAUCAUGAGCAGCUCAAAGCUAAGAGAAAGGUGGUAAAAAUGAUGAUUGUGGUUGUGCUGACAUUUGCCGUCUGCUGGCUGCCCUACCACAUUUACUUCAUAGUUACUGGGAUCUAUCAACAAUUAAAUCGGUGGAAAUAUAUUCAGCAAAUCUAUUUAGCCAGCUUUUGGCUUGCCAUGAGCUCUACAAUGUACAAUCCCAUUAUCUACUGCUGUCUUAAUAAGAGGUUCCGAGCCGGCUUCAAGCGAGCCUUCCGCUGGUGCCCCUUCAUUGAGGUGUCCAGCUACGACGAGCUGGAGCUGAAGGCAGCCAGGUUCCACCCCACACGGCAGAGCAGCCUCUAUGCUGUGUCCAGAAUGGACUCCAGCAUGACGGUGGUGUUCGACACCAACGAUGGAGACAGUGUGCACACCAGCCAUAAAAAAAGAGCGGCUCCAAGGGACCUGAACUUCAAUGGUUGUUCACAGAGGAAUGCCAAGACUGUCUCCACAGCCUCAAGCCUCAUAAGUUCACUGCACACAUCAGCAGACGUUUAUUCCUAA